GAUCUUCAUAUAUUUGACAAACGACUUCACAUGGCAGAGAGAGAGAGUGAGAAGCGAUGAAUGCACCGGAUCGUUACGAGCGUUUCGUCGUCCCUGAAGGCACCAAAAAGGUCUCUUAUGAGAGGGACACCAAAAUCAUCAAUGCCGCCUCCUUCACCAUCGAGAGAGAGGACCACACUAUCGGCAACAUCCUUCGCAUGCAACUGCACAGAGACCCCAACGUGUUAUUCGCCGGUUACAAGCUUCCUCAUCCUCUCAAAUACAAAAUUAUAGUCAGGAUUCACACCACCAGUCAAUCUUCACCGAUGCAGGCAUAUAACCAGUCUAUUAAUGAUCUUGACAGGGAACUUGAUCAUUUGAAGAAUGCCUUUGAGGCAGAGAUGUUGAAGUUUUCAAGGGACUAUUGACUUACUGGGAGGAUGGAUGUUGUGUGCGUUACAAGUCUGGGCAGAUGUUGAGAUAGUAAAUCACUUCUGCUAAAUGAAAUUUAAAUAGUAUGUUUUGAGUAUUUUAGGAGACUUCUUAAAGAUGAAUGUGUUGGACUGAGGAAUUAUAUCAGUCUUGAAGAAUUAAAAAAUUAAACAAAAAUGCAUAAAUAGGAGAACCUGCAUUAUAUUAUGCUGAUUAUGUUAGCAAACUACGUCAUUUGGAUUAUUUUCUUAAAUCAUUUAGUGUGUCGGCUCCAGCUGUUUAGAUGCCAGUUUUAAUGAAUUUUAACAGAAUUCAAAUGAAUAUACGUACUUUAACUCAGCAUGAUAAAAGCGUCAUGUUCUGGUGGAUACGUUUUCUCUUGUUGUAGUAUAUUGUUUAUCAAAGUUUUUAGAAUAUAAGGCAAUUGAUUGUUAUAGGAAAAUUCCAGUAAUCAACCAGUGUAGGGAGACAUGUUACUGUGGGGCUCACAUGGCGAUUUUGUUUGUUUUAUUUUUUCCUUUUGGCUUCUCUGCUGAAAUUUGUAGAAGCUGUUUUUCUUCAAGUGGCGUACAAGGAUGGAAGGUAGCCACGCACUUUGGUUGUACUCUUUAUUGAUUACGACAUUUUGAUUUAACACUAUCAAAUUUUACAUUUAUCUUUACAAUUUUCACAAAGUGGUUCUAGCAAUUUUCUGUUUCCUUGCUACAAUUAGUGUCUACCUUUACACUACCUAUGUAUCUACAGCUACAGGACAGUAAACUCAUCAUCCAGCCCUUCUAGUUCUCCCUUAAAUUUGUAUUGUUGGAUUAUUAACACAGAAAUUGUUGUUGAGAAGUCUGGUCCUGAAAGAACAUCCCCUAUUGGUCCCAGUUCUGGGCAUUGUUGCCAGUCAUUCAUCCCCUUUGUCAGUAUUGAGUUUAUUCCACCUUCUCUUCCUACAACGACCAGUGAAUAUUGUCCUUCUAAUGAUCUGAGAGUAAAGAAGGUCGCAGCUGCAUUUUCAAGAUGCUUCUCCAUGUAGGAAACACGACCUCCAACUAUAUGCUUUUCAUAGAACUGUGCAAAGCAUUCAUCAUCCAGCGCCAUCUCCUCCUCCUGCUCAGGAAGGGUCACCCUGUAUGCUGCUAGUCUUGAGGAUUCUGCACUAGUAUCAACCAGCAAUCUUAUUACUGUCACUUUUACCCCUGGAUGCCGAGCUACACGCCCCACAUAGGCUAGUGCUUCUCUAUCAUCUUUUCCACCGAUGAAUAUUGCUGCCACAUUGAUUGAUACCUCAGAUCUUGAUAUCUUCUCAAUGGACCCAAAACCUCUGUUCACUAGAAUCCCCACGGAACAGCGAGCACUCUUCAAUAACUGUUAUAACAAAAUUUCUAUUAUUAUUGUGGAAGGUACAAGCUCAUUGGGCUAUUAAAGUAGUUCUCAGUAAUUAAAUUUUCUUUUGUAUACCCCCAAACCAAUAAAACAACAAAGCAUUUUGAAAGACAAUUAAAAUUAAACGUACUGCGGAUAGUUGUACAUUUUUUUUGUCUGAACUUACCUUUCGGUUUACAUAUCUGAAGCCUUGAUUGCCACUAUCCCAUUUACCAUCCUCACGCUGGUUCAUGUGGAAUGGUAGUAUGAUGAGGGCAAUCAUCAAGUCCUCUGCUAAAAGGCAAAUGUUCUGUGGCAUGCUAUUGAUAGUUGACACUGCCAAUGUUCUUUUGAGCGUAAUACCAUCACCAUGUUCAUCAUUAUCUACGGAGGCUUGAAACGAGCUGGUUACUUGGUCUCUCAUCUCCAUCACUGCCGCGUCUUUCACAGUUGUUGUACUCACUUUUUCACCCUUCUCUACUGUGGCUGCUAUUUCUUCAGUUAGUUCAAUCAUUUCUGCCACAUAUACCAGAAUGCCUGGGUUUGGUGGCCCUCUUGAGAUUUCCAUUAAGUUGAUGGAAGCAGGAACAUUCUGGGGUCCGUGAAGGCACAAGAGCAUCCUUAGCUCAGUUGAUGGGUCUAGCAAUUGAAGGGCCAUUUGGUGAAUAGGUGCCUUUUUCCGGGCACAUUUGAUGAUUUGUGCCACAACUGCAGGGACAUGCACCACUGUGAAAAAUAUUGCAAUUACCAAUGCAAUGCCUGAGGAAGUAGUGGUGCCACAACCUAUCUGGUCAUAGAAUGACAUGCCAUGAGAUUGAUUCAAUAGUAAACAUGAUUUCUGUUAUUCUUGUUAUAUCAUAACACUUAAAUUAUGCAAGUGAUUCUUUAGUAUCAAACCUAUCCUAGAUUCUCAGGAUAAGACACACACAUAGGUAAGAGUCAGACAACUAGCUGGGUUGAGAUACUUGCCACUUUGACAGCCAUGUAGAUAUGAAAAUGGCCCUUGGUGGUGAGAAGCAAUCCGAUUGCAAUUGAUUCUGGCCAUUGAAAGCCAAACACUGCCCCAGAAACAAGUGUUCCAGCAACUUUACCUACCAUAACUAUCAAUACUGGAAGAAACAAUCUCAUCCAUGUUAUAGAGCUUCCAGGGCGGAACCUGGCAAAAUCAGCUGCAUACCCCAUCCACAAGAAGAAGAUGGGAAAGAAGAGGGUGGUCAAGAGAUAGUUGAUUUUGUUGAUAACCCAUUUGGAAACUCUGCCCUCCCGGGGAAAACAUAUCCCUGUCAUAAACGCACUUAGAAUUGGACUAUAGUUGAAUACAGUUGAGAAGACACAAAUGAUGACCAUGAAGGCAAUUGACAGUACCAGGUGUGAUCCUUUCAUGGGUUUCCCUUCAGGGUUUUCAUUGUUAACCCAGCUCAUAAAAACUGGUGAAACCGCUGCUGUGAACAAUGCCUGCCCAGCAACUGCAGCGCUCAUUUUGAUCAUAUCUAUAGCAGUCUUCUGAUGCCCAAAACGCGGGCAAUAUGUAUCUAUUGGAAUGAAAAUGUAGCCAACUGAAAGAAGCAAUGAGCAGAUGCAGUCUGAAUGCAUCCCUGCUGCUAUUACAAGCUUCCCUAUAUCAGACUUUCCAACUUUGAGGUUUGUCAAUACACGGGUCACAACAGGAGAUGCUGUACUAGAGAGAAGAGUAGAUAUGGAGAUGGUGAAUUCUACUCCCUGAUUAUGUGUCACUGUGAUGUAAUGGAGAAAUGGUGUUAUAAAACAGGCUAGGAUGAACGUGCACACUAUUCCUGCAUAAGCAACUUGAGCAUCCCUUGUUGGUCUUUUGAAUAGUACAUAAGGAUCCAUUUCUAUGCCCAAAGCAAACAUGUAACACAUCAUGCCAAAAUCAAUUAUAAACCCAAAGGUUUUGUC